AUGGGGAAACAGGAUGGGAAGCUGGGAAAUGUCGAGAGGAGGCAGAGGGUGGAGCCCGGCGCCUGUAUAAAUUAUAUGUGUCCUUCAGGUUAUUUCAGCAGCCAGCACAACAAGCUGCCAGCGUGUUUGUCAGCUGACAGGUCUGUUACCCAAACUGGGGUUUCGGUCGCUGCUGCCAUCUUUGGUGCCAUGGGGAGCCCACCAGCCAAGAUGAAGUUUUGCCCCAUCCACAUGCUUUCUGUAAGAAUCAUACAAGCUAAGAACAUCAAGUCAAGAGACCUGUGGACAGUUCCACUUUCGUGCCAAAACCUUGCGGGGCAAUGUUAUUCACUGCUUGAUUCCAGUCUGAAGUAUUUAGGCAUCUCGGGCUGCAGUGGAAAUCUUCCAUCAAGUCCUGACUCCAGCUCUGAAAGACAUCACCUUGGAGAUUUCCUUUCACACCGUUGUCCAGCUUCACAAAUGACUUCAUCAGACUGCUAUGUAAGCUUGUGGCUGCCAUCUGCUUCACCUAGAAAGCUUCAGACCAAAACCAUCAAGAAUUCUGACAACCCUGUCUGGAAUGAGACUUUCUACUUUAGGAUCCAGAGAGAAGUUGAGAAUAUUUUAGAAUUGGCAGUGUGUGAUGAAGAUUCACUCAGCAAAGAUGACAUGCAGUUCACAGUUCUUUUCAAUGUUGCUAGAAUCAGACCUGGGGAGACAAUCCGUGAGACAUUUGCUUUGAAAUCAGAGACAGAGAGAUGCUUUAAGAAAUGGGAAAGUUUGGAAGUGGAAUUCUGGAUGGAAAGAGUUCCUGGCCCUCCAGAGCAUCUCAUUACCAAUGAUGUCCUAGUGUCCCGUGAGGUUUGCUGCUUGGAAGUGCAUGUGGACAUUAAUGAAAGCAGGAAAUACUUGAAAGAGGGUAAAAAUCUCGUGCUGACGGUGCCUGCAUCUCAUGAGAGAACACAGAAGACGACAGAGGACAUUGACACUUUCUACUUCCAUUGUGUGAAGGCUUGGGAGCCAGUUCUAAAAGUCAGGCUGCAGAGAGUUUCUGAUAAGGAAGAUGACAACAGCAAUUUAAGUGACACCUUAACCAUACCACUGAAAUUUCUCCCUGUUGGACAUAAAGUGAAAGUAACCCUUCCCGUAAGACACAAUGUGCCACUACAGUUGUACCUCCAACUCAAUGAUUGCACAGAAAAAUUAGAUGUGCGCUUAGGGUACGAUCUGUGCCAAGGAGAACAGGAGUUCCUGCAGAAGAGGAAGAGAGUCGUGGCUGGUGCUCUGAAAAAGGUUCUUCAUCUGGAAAGAGAUCUACACGGACAUGAGGUCCCAGUAAUAGCUGUUAUGGCAACAGGUGGAGGUCUCAGAGCAAUGUCAGCUAUGUUUGGCCACCUCUUAGCUCUCCAGAAGCUCAAUCUGUUGGACUGUGUCACCUAUCUCACCGGGGCUUCUGGCUCAACAUGGACCCUGGCAGACUUGUAUGAGCAUCCUGACUGGUCACAGAAAUCUCUGGAGGGGCCACUUAAAGCAGUGAAAGAACAAGUGACAAAAUGCAAACUCAACCUUAUGUCUAUAGACCAUCUGAAGUAUUAUCACAAGGAACUUGCUGAAAGGGCAAAAGCAGGACACGUGCCAUCCUUUACAACUCUGUGGUCACUUGUUCAGGAGAUGUUCUUACAUGAACGGCCAAGAAAGUACAAACUCACAGACCAGAGGAAGGCAUUGGAGCAUGGACAAAACCCCCUGCCUUUCUAUGCAGUCCUUAAUGUGAAAGAGGAGAAGUUUGGUACUUUCAAAUUUAGAGAGUGGACAGAUUUCUCUCCUUACGAAGUGGCCAUACCAAAAUAUGGAGUCUCCAUUCCUUCAGAAUAUUUUGACAGCGAGUUCUUCAUGGGAAGGCGAGUGAAGAAGCUGCCAGAAUCUCGGAUCUGCUAUCUGGAAGGUCUUUGGACAAACAUCUUUACUAGGAAUUUGCUGGAUGGCUUGUACUGGUCCUCCAAUUCAAAUGAAUUCUGGGAACGAUGGUCCCAAGAUAUGGUAGAUAUAGAAAAACAUUCUCCUGAGGAAGACGUUACUGUUAUUGAGCCUCCAUCUUGUUUGUCAGGAAAGUUGUAUGAAAUGUUUCAGGACAUUAUGACCAAGCGUCCACUCCUGGGAAAGUCACAUAACUUCCUGAGAGGCUUAGAGUUUCAUAAGGAUUAUAUCCAUCAGAAAAAAUUUAUUGAAUGGAAAGACACUGUGCUGGACGGUUUCCCUAACAGUCUGACACCACUGCAGAAAUAUCUUUGUCUGAUAGACGUUGGCUAUUUCAUCAACACCAGUGGUGCAGCACUUUUCAAGCCAGAGAGGAACGUAGAUGUCAUUAUAUCCCUUGAUUAUGGUUUGGGGCAUGUGUUCAAGCAAUUAGAGAUGACAUACAAAUACUGCAAGAUACAGAAUAUCCCAUUCCCCAAAGUGGAGCUAAGUCCAGAAGAAGAGAAGAACCCAAAGGAAUGUUAUAUAUUUGCGGAUGCAGAGGACCCCAGAGCACCCAUAGUAAUCCAUUUUCCCUUGGUGAAUGACACCUUUAAGGAAUUCAAGGAGCCAGGGGUAAAGCGUGGUCACUCAGAGAUGGAAGAAGGCAAAGUAAAUCUGGAGAGCAACUGCUCGCCGUACUACCUCAUUAGGCUAAUCUACUCCUCUGAAAAUUUUGAUAAGCUUGUGAACCUGAGCAAAUACAACAUCCUCAAUAACAAAGACCUGCUCCUCCAGGCGAUCAGGUGUGCUGUAGAACGAAGGAGAAGUAGAAGGACUGGGAAUUUCUCCAGCUACUCUGGAUACCCCUAGGCUGGGUUUUUGCACUGUUCCCCACAGAAGGCUAUGGCAGCACAUUGCAGCACAUCACAGUCACAUUACAACACAUCACAGUGUUCAUUAUUUGCAGAAAACUGAGGAAACCCGUACAUUUCUUACCUUGCCGUGUUCAAGCUCCUAGCUUUCAAAAGGGUUUAUCUCUUUCCCCCACAUUUUCAGCCCACGAGAGCCUCACAGUGUGGUCUUACUUGUUAAGAAAUUAGAGUCCUGGUUAGCAGAGACUUCCCAGGAUCUCCUUGAUGUUACAGUAUAUGGUGGUGGUAAUAGUUCUUUCUAUGAGCCUGCCCCUUCAGCCCUGAGCCCAUUGUCAGUGUCCUUUCAAUACUUCAUUACACAUCAAGUCCUGGCCAUUUGCAUUCAGUGACGUCCAGAUUUUCAGAUAGGCUGAGCAACUAGAAUUCGCACUGAAUUGGUGGGCUCAGCUUUGAAGUCAGGCAUAUAUAUGUGAAUAGUGGCCAAACUGCAGUGUGGACAAUUGCACUCUGUCUGGCCGAUUCCCCUUGCUGAUUUAGAAGUUACUCCUUUUUUCCGAUCCCCUGCAAGAGUUUGGCACAGAAACGCUGCUCCAGACUGCCACAAAGGGGGCAGCUACAUUUCAGGAGAGAGAACGGCAGCAGCAGUGAGUUCUUUUGAGCAUUGGCUGGAGGAAAAGUUCUUCAUAAAGCACAAGUGAUUGUAUUGAUUUAUAUCAGCAGUGCCUUUAUGGAUUAAAAUGCAAGAGCCUGAAACAAGUUUUUCAUGGCAGAAGCUUGAGAGGAAUAAUUACCACAGACUCAGGUACUUUUAAUUUAGUGAUCAUGACUGAGAUGUAAGCUGGUUCUCCUUACAGAUGUAAACUAAAUGUAGGACAACAUAACUCACUAACAGAGUGCAGAGCCAUUGUAUUUUCACACACAGAAGGUUUUUCCCUUUAUAGUCUUCUAUCCUUAAGAUCACAGGCAAAGAAUUUUUAAUAGGUGCUACAUAAAAUAGAGCACAAAUUUAAAAAAAUAGGACACACAUUUUCCUCCUUGCUGGAGGAAAAUAUUUGGAAAAUGACACCUGGUUUUCAUUUGCUUUGGAAUGCAAUGAGAGACUGCCUUGAGCUACAAGCUUGGAACAUCUUUAUAACCCUCCAUUACAUUAAAAAGAUGAUAGGGAAGGGUGCUGAACAAUAUAAAACAGAACACAGAAGUCGGAGAAAUUUGCAGUCUUCCUCAUGCUGAAGGAUUUGGACCUGCUUCUGGAUUAUUUGUUCCAAACACAGCAUAUUCAUCAGGUCUUCCAAGGAAAAUCUUACAUAUUUAUUCUGUGUUGGCAAUGUACUUGAGAUCUAGAAUUAGUUGUACUUGAAAUCCAAAAUCAGACAGAGAACCAGAAAGAGGGGGUCUGUGGUUUUGGGAUAUGCAGGCAAUGUUGAAGCUCAAAGGGAGAGCAUUUACAAAAGACUCGAUUGCCUGAAGCCUGCAUCUACUAAAUGCUGCUUCUGCUGCAAUGGCAAUGGCUAAGCCUCAGCAAUGCUUCUUGUUGAGCCAAGGAAUACCAUCCAGAAUUGAGGAGUCUUAACAACUGGAAUGCAACUGUGCUUCAGGAUUCAGAUCAUGAGAAGUUAAGAACUAGUCAGAUACUGGCUGCAAGACAAAACAUAAAGAGCCAUUUUGAGUGGAGAGUUGGUCCAGCUGGACGUGUUACCUUCACACAGGAGAGCAGCACAGCAUUGUGU